AUGGUAUUCACUGAUGGUGAGCCUAGCUCCUUACAAGGCAUAUUCUCUGUCCUAAACGAGUUUGAGAGCUGGUCAGGUCUUGCUAUAAGCCCAGCCAAGUCAGCCAUUUACAUGGGAGGAACAGUUCACCAAUGCUUCCUUGAUGAGGUGAGCCGACUAAACCUCCCAAUUGAUACUCUUCCGAUACGGUUACCGAAGCGUUGUCUUGAAACGAUCGAGAGCAUGUGUAGUGCUUUUCUCUGGUCUGGCACGCCAAACUCUAGCGGGGAAGCCAAAGUGGCAUGGGACGAAGUCUGUAUGCCUAAGGAAGAGCCGGGUUUGGGAAUUCGACAGCUGGUUGAUUCAUCUAAAGACACUCAAGCAGGCUGUUGGAUAUGGCGUAAACUUUUUAAACUCCGCCAUGAAGCAGCUAUGUUCCUCAAGUCUGAAAUUGGUAACGGAAAGGAUACUCUGUUUUGGUUUGAUAAUUGGCUGAAUAUGGGAAAACUAAUUGACACUGCAGGUGACUCGGGUACCAUGUUGAUGGGUUUAAACAGAUAUGCCACAGUCGCCGACGUGGCCUCGUCUGGGCAAUGGAACAUCAGAAGAUGUCGCAGCUAUCACCUACGGGCGAUGAUAGCUGCCAUCAACUCUGUCCCACCCCAGGUAGGGGGCGCAGGCGGUGAUCGUGUGCUUUGGAAACAUGGAGAGGAUAACUACAAAUCUUGGUUCUCAUCAUCUAGAACAUGGGAUCAACUUCGAGUGCACGGAACUGCAGUUGAAUGGAGCAAAGUUAUAUGGUUCUCGGAAUCAAUCCCUCGGUUCUCGUUCAUAGUGUGGCCGACUGUGCGGAACAUGCUUUCAUUAGGUGAUCGAACUCGAGCAUGGGGGGAAAUCCAGGGUAGGCUGUGUGGCGAGCCUGAUGAAACCCGCGACCACCUCUUCUUCGCCUGCCUGUACUCUUAUACUGUCUGGACCGACCUCACUGGAUAUCUCCUUCCUCGGCCUAGCCUGGACUGGAACAUCACCAUGAACACACUGCUAUCUUCCCAACGUAACAAGGUUGACUCCUGCCUGCUUCGGCUGGCCUUUCAAGGAUCAGUCUACUUACUUUGGAGAGAACGCAAUGGACGAAGCAUAACAAUUCGUGGAGCUCGCCGGCUCAGCUUGUGA